UUCAAACCCCCCCCUGCCUUUUUUUUCUUUCUUUUCUUUUUUUAAUGAUCUGAAAUCAAAACCCGUCGCAUCAAAUUACGUUGUUUCAUACAUAAGAGAGAGAGAGAGAGCUUUGAAUCUUUGAAUCUGAUCUCCAUCUCCAUUCGCAGUCAGACCUCAAGAAACCCUAAUCUUGCAUCUGCAACUACCCUCAAUUACUCACUUUCCACUGAAGCAGGACACAGAAUCUAAUCUUUGAGCCGCAGAGCCUACGGAAGUAGACGGACAUUGGGGUGUUUGGUCGGAUUUUGGUUUGAUUCCCCCAUUUCUAGACCCAAUUGGAGCUGCUGUUGCUGCAAAUUACAGCAAGAAACUCGCAGGGACCAAGAUCCCGACAUACCCAGUUCUCGAAAUCCCUUUCGAUCCAUGACCCACAUGCCAAAUCGUAACUCCCCAGCUCAAGCAACCUCGGAAGAACAUAGAGUUCCACGAAAUUAGCAACCUUUGAGCGGGGAGGAUCAGGUUUAACUGUGCCAUGGGAGCUGAGAAGAAAUGGCUGUUCACACUCUUCUCCGCGGCAAUGCUCUCCCUGUUCCUCAUCCUUGUCUUCUCAAUCUCUGCCUUCAGCUCCCCCGGCGACCAUUUCCCCUCCCUAAUCCACCGUGGGCCCCACCACCCGCCGGCCUUCGCUUACUACAUCUUCGGCGGGCGGAGCGAUAAGGACCAGAUCUUCCGGCUGUUCCUCGCUGUCUAUCACCCGAGGAACCGAUACUUGUUGCAUCUCGGGGCGGAGGCUUCUGAUAACGAGCGGAGGGCGUUGGCCGCCGAGGUGGCUGCAGUCCCCGCCGUGAGGAGCUUCGGGAAUGCUGAUGUGGUGGGGAAGCCUGAUCGGAUUAACUUCAUGGGCGCGUCUAAUAUCGCCUCCACUCUCCGAGCUGCAUCGGUUCUGUUGAAGGUGGCUAGCGAGUGGGACUGGUUCAUUACCUUGAGCGCGUCUGAUUAUCCACUAAUUACACAAGAUGAUCUUUCCCAUGUGUUCUCAUCAGUGAGGAGGGAUCUCAAUUUCAUUGAUCACACUAGCGAUCUUGGCUGGAAAGAGCAGCAAAGGAUCCAGCCUAUUGUGGUCGAUCCUGGGCUUUACUUGGCCCGGAGGAGCCAAAUUUUUCAGGCAACCCCGAAACGGUCUACUCCCGAUGCAUUCAAAGUCUUCACUGGCUCUUCUUGGGUCACUCUGAGCCGAAAGUUUUUGGAAUAUUGCAUUCUGGGGUGGGACAACAUGCCGCGGACACUCCUUAUGUACUUCAACAAUGUGAUGCUGCCUGAAGAAGGCUACUUCCAUUCAGUCAUCUGCAAUGCUCCCGAGUUCAUGAACACUACAGUGAACAGUGACCUCCGGUUCAUGAUCUGGGACAACCCUCCGAAGAUGGAGCCCCUCUUUCUCAACUUGUCCGAUUUCAUCCAGAUGGCCCAGAGCGGGGCUGCCUUCGCGAGGCAGUUUCAUCGGGACGAUCCUGUGCUCAACCUGAUUGACGAGAAGAUUCUAAACCGUGGGCAGGGACGGGUGAGUCCUGGGGCAUGGUGCUCAGGCCGGGACAGCUGGUGGAAUGACCCAUGCUCCCAAUGGGGGGAUGUCAACGUUCUGAGGCCAGGUCCAUUGGCAAAGAGGCUGGGGGAAACUGUGACAAACCUGAUGGAUGAUUUGAAGUCACAAGCGAAUCAGUGCAAAUGAAGAUCAAAAGAUGGCCUGAGACUAGUCUACAUCUCUUUGGGGUCGGGAAUGAUCGAUUAAGAGAAUGCAUUUCUGUGGGUGCUCGUUCUUCAGCUUGGCAGUCUAUUUUUUUUUAUUGCGAAGGGAUCCCUUUGCCACGGCCUCCAAUCUGUUAGUGACGGGUGUAGGGUUAAAGGGGGGAAGACGGGGUAUAUAGAUGCAAGUGUUUCCAGACCUAUCUUGUAGAGCUAGCGGCUAAUUCGCCGAGAAAUUCGGUGUUGUAUUCAGGGAUUGGGCAAAGAGGGAUCUCCAUUGGUUGCUGAGCUGUAUGAGUGUUACUGCGUCUUAGGUUCUACCUUUGGUGCUAAAUUUGUCACAUUCUUUUGGAAGGCAAUGUAUUCUUUGGAAGCUGCUGGUUAUUUGCAAUUGC